UGGACAGCGACUUUGCCGUACUGCUGCGCGAUGUACGGGGUACGGCAGUUAGCGCAGCCACGUUGGAUGUGUACGGCAGUGAGGUGGUUGUCAUGGACUUGAUGGCGACCGCGGAGGAGGCGCGGGGGCGGGGACAUGGCAGGGUCCUCGUCAACUCCCUGGAGCAAUGGCUUACGGAGGCCGGCACACGCCACUGGGUCGUUUGCCUGUCCUCCACCUCAGCUUCCUCAGCAGCAAGCAGUUCCCUCGCCUCCCUGGAGGCCCUAGCCGCCUCCUCGUCGUCCUCCGCUGGAGGAGGGAAGGGC